AUGGAGAUUACCAUGAAUGGCAAUAACUCUGCUAAAUUUGUGGACCCAGCAUUCUGUAGAGGCUGUGAACGUCCAGAACCCAGGGAUGGAAAGUCUACUGUCUGGAUUAGUGAGGAAUAUGUGAACCAAUUCAAAAAUGAAGUCCAAAGUCUGCAGCAACAGCCUCAAGCUGAUAAUGCAGAUCCUGAUGAUCCCUGGAUAGAUGAUCAUGAAGCAGCUGACCCAACACAGGAUCAAAAUGCUCUUCUCCACUCUUUGGGCCCCAUGGUGAAAAAGCUUGGCGUGGAUGGAGUUGUCCCCACAUUUCAUGGCUAUGCUCACAACCAGCUUUGUCAAGUCCAGUACCAUUCAAAGUACAAGGUUGGCCCAGGAAAGGAAGAUUUUGAAACCUGCAAACAAAUAUUAUCUGGUUCUAACACCCUUGCACCUGAGAUUCGCAACAGCACAGAGUUUCAUUGGCAUUAA